AAAAAGUAAGAAUCGUUCCAUCUCAUUGUUAUUAUCACUAAUAUUAUUCGGUUAUUGAUUAACAUAUAUAAAUUUGUAAAAUGUAGUCACAUAAAUUCAUAUUAUUUAAAAAUUACCUUUCAAACCAAGUGUACAACAAAAACUUUAAGGGUUUUUGAUCGACAUUUAGGGGUAUCAUUUUGUGGGAGUUUGAAUCACUGCUGAAUAUUGACUUCACUACAAUGACAAUCUACCUAGACUACAUAGGUGUAGAAGGUACCUACGUAAGGUUCGCACAUACAUGCAUCUAAAAAGAGCCUAAAGAACUACCUUUUUCUGUUUAUUUGUUUGUAGUCUGCGGGGACUCUUACUAAAUUUAUAAUUUUAGAAAAAAUGUGCCUUAUUUUGAAUGUAGUAUUAUAAAAUUACUAUUUUAAAUAACCUAACUUGUUUAUUUUUUUAAUACCAGACGACUAUUAUUACGAACCUAUAAUUCCUAACUUUUAACAAAGCGAAAUUAUUAUUAGUUAAUUAGAAAUAAUACAAUGACCUCAUUUAAAUUCAACUUCAACGGAACCGAUGAAACUGUCGACAUUAAAGAAAAUAUGGAAAUUAAAUGGUUGCAAUGUGAACAGGUUGAGCUCACCAACCAACUUAACCAUUUAGAAACUAUAGCAAAACAAGCAAGAAUGUUUAUGUGUGGUGAUGUGGAGAUUGGUCAUGUUUUUACAAACCAGUUGUCUAUUGAAAUUGGUCAAAGCAAAAACAAUGCUGUGGAGUUGGCAGAAAAAGAACACAGUGAUUUAAUAACUGGAAAGUAUGAAGGUGGUUUUAAAAUUUGGGAAUGCACUUAUGACCUUAUUGAGUAUUUAGAGAAUAAUGAUAUUAACCUGGAAAGUAAACAAAUAUUAGAUUUAGGAUGUGGAACAGGUAUUCUGGGCAUAUAUUCCUACCUCAAAAAUGCGACAGUCACCUUUCAAGACUAUAACAAAGAAGUAUUGGAAAAUAUUACAAUACCGAAUCUAUUACUUAACAUUGAGGAUGAAACUGCAAGACAAUCUGAAAUCCAAAAAUGUAAUUUUUUUUCUGGUGAUUGGAAGUCAUUUAAUGAUUUUUUGUCCAAUAAUGAGAAAUAUGAUGUAAUCCUUACAUCUGAGACAAUAUAUAAUCUAAAUAACUAUGAUAAGCUUAUCAAACUAUUUGAACAAAGAUUAAAUAAUAAUGGUGUAAUUUAUGUAGCAGCUAAAACAUAUUAUUUUGGUGUUGGUGGUGGAACAAGACAAUUUGAAAAGGCAAUAGAAAACUCAGAGACAUUAAGAUCAGAAAUUGUAUGGAAAACAACAUCUGGAAUACAAAGAGAAAUAAUGAAAAUAUAUAAAAUUUAAAUUGAUUUGUAUUAUCAAAAAAAUAUUAAUUCAAACAUUAAUUCACUAUAAAAAAUGGAAGACA